AUGAUCCCACCUGUCUAUCUUGACCAUAUCAAAGAAAACUCCAAAGAAUCUAGUGAUUUAAUUUUUCCAACAUGGUCUCCACAAAUCUCUCUUGAUUUUAUGGCAAAAAAUUCUAUCUCGACCUCCAUCCUAUCAUUUGCUCAUACCGCUCUUGAUGAUUCGUCCCUCUGUCAGGGCAUCAAUAUUUACGCCCAUAACUUACGUCUUCAAUAUCCCACCAAGUUCGGCUUCUUUGCCACCAUUCCAAUCAUAACUGUAGCUUCCCUACCAGAAGUACUUGCUAGCAUCAAGUUUUGUUAUGAAAAGCUCAAUCCAGAAGGUUUCACACUUUUGACUAGCUAUGAUGGGAAAUAUCUUGGACACGAGCUAUUUCGACCCGUUUGGGAAGAAUUAAAUAAAAUUAGCGCGGUGGUAUUCAUCCAUCCCAUUGCUAAUUCACUCUCUCCACAAUCACUCGACAAUAGUUCUUUAAUCCCUCCUAUUGUCGACUUUACACAUGAGAUGACACGCACAGCUUGUUCUCUCAUCUACUCCAAUACACUAUCUUCAUAUCCAAAACUUAAGAUCAUUCUUUCGCACGCAGGAGGUGCUCUUCCUUAUAUUAGUUCCUCGGUUGCAAAUCUAACUUUUGAUGCUUGUCUCAGUGUUAAAACACCCGAGCAAUUCAUGAGGGAAGCGAGAAGCUUUUAUACUGACUUAGCAGCGAGCAGUUAUAGUGGACCAGUGGGGUAUAUUGAAAGAUGGUUGGGGCCUGGAAGAACUACUUACGGCAGUGAUUUCCCGUCCCCAAUAGAGAGUACCAUGAUGAAAGAAUCGGAGUUCUUGGAUGAUUGGAUACACAAGAAUGGAGAUGAAGGAAAGGCUGUUUUGAGAGAAACUGCAUUGGAAUUAUUCCCGAAAUUGAAGGCUCAAAUUGAGCAGACUCAGAUUACUGAGGAGAAAUCUGGGAUUGAAAACCUAAAUGCAAGCAGCGGAGGAAGUGAUAUUGCUUUCACUAAUGCUGUUUGA